CUUCUCUUCCCUCUUGUCUCUCCGUCUUGCCUCCCUUUUCUUGGAGACCCACAACCAUUAUCUACUUGUUCUGAUUUCUUCAACCAUCUAAUUUCUAUAAGCACAAGCCUUUUGUUCUUUUGAGGAAAAAAUUGUAGAGAGUGUGAAAAAGAGAUAUGGGUUGUAAUGGUAGGUCUUUUAAGGCCUUGUUUGGGGUACUACUUGCAUUGCUUGGAUUCAUUUGGUUCUUCUUAGUUGGAUUUACAGAAGCAACGGCAAUCCUAAUCCCGCGGCCGGCCGGAAGUUUCAAACAUAUAACGGAGAGAGGAGGGAAGAAGUCUGGUGUUCAUCAAGUGACAGAUCUCAACUACAUGAGUAAAAGAAAGGUUCCUAAUGGACCUGACCCCAUUCACAACAGGAGAGCUGGAAACUCUGGACGACCACCUGGUCAAGCUUAG